CCCUAUCAUCUUGGGGAACAGUAGUCCAGAGGUUCAGGAAGAUGUUAACUUAAACGUUCAGGGUGCCCCAGUCUGUUCAGCAUGGCUGAAAUCCACACUCCGUACGCUUCCUUGAAGAAACUGUUAUCUUUACUCAAUGGCUUCGUGGCUGUAAGUAUGUCACAAUCCAGGCCCCUGCUAAAGUGCUGUGGGGUGAAUAACUACACAGAUUUUUCUGGCUCUUCCUUCGAAAUGACAACGGGCCACACCUACCCCAGGGGUUGCUGUAAAUCCAUCGGAACUGUGACCUGUGAUGGACGCAAUGUGUCUACAAACGUCAUCUACCAGAAGGGCUGUUUCCAUAAACUCCUCAAAAUCAUCAAGACUCAGAGCUUCACCCUGAGUGGGGGCUCUCUGGGAGCUGCAGCGAUACAGGUAAGACCCAGCCUCCCUAGGGCAUAUUGAGCUGUUUUAUUAAGGACCUACUGUAUGCCAAACA